CAGUUUCAGAAUCAUUGCGAGCGAGUGUACAAAGAGGAAGCCAACGAAAAUGGCCGCGCUUAAAAUGUUUCACAGCAGACAAUUCGCGUCUGCUACCAUUCGGUCUUUAUUAUCAACAAACAGAUGGAACGAAGUCAGCAUCAAGAAAAAUGACUACAGCAUUUAUCCAUCAUACUAUGUUAGACCGGUUUAUAAAAAGGAGAAUCAAAGUGCUCUCAAAGGAACUGAAGAGGCUGAUGAACUCGCUAAUUCCCCGAUCAAAGCAGCUAGAAACAAUGAGACGAGUUCAGUUUUUCAUGACGAAGUUCUAAGACAAUUUACCAAUUACAUUAUGAAAAAGGGAAAUAAGAUAUUGGCACGCAAAUUACUGGAGAAAUCACUAGAGAAUGUGAAGAGGAUACAAUUGGAAAGAUAUCACAAAGCAAGCCCCGAAGAUAAAUUCGGCAUGCAACUAGAUCCGAAAGUAAUUAUGCACCGGGCUAUUGAAAAUUGUAAACCACUACUGAAACUGGUACCAAUUAAAAGAGGUGGAGCCACAUAUCAGGUUCCAAUACCAGUGACAGAAAAAACUGCACAGUGGCUUGCUUCAAAGUGGCUGCUUGAAGCUGCUAGAGACAAGGAAAAUAACGCGCAUCUUCCAGACAAAUUAGCAUAUGAAAUUCUUGAUGCAUUUAAUGAUCAGAAUGGUCUGAUUUCAGGGACGUGUUAUCAAGAAGAAACAAGAUUUACACAAGCAAUGCGAAGCAAAUCGAGCCUAUGCUCAUUACAGGUGGAGCUAAAUAUUGUCCCCGUUAAUUUCCUCCAUCGUCAAGCUAUUGUAAAUUUUAAAACUCAUAUAAAAUAAAUAUGUCAUUCACAAA